AUGGUGAAUUAUUACCGGCGGUUCAUAGAAGGGUUCAGCGAAGUAACUGCGCCCUUAACAGAUCUGCUUAAAGGGAAACCAAAGGUGGUUCAAUGGAAUGCGGCGGCAGAAGGUGCGUUCGUCGAGUUGAAGCAGCGGCUAAUCUCUGCGCCGAUCUUGGCCAACCCGAACUUCGAGCUACCUUUCACCGUGCAGACCGACGCCAGUGACAGCGCGAUAGCAGGUGUAUUGACGCAGGAGCACGACGGAGUUGAGCACGUGAUAGCGUACUUCUCCCGGAAGCUGACCACUCCGCAACGGUCGUGGAAAGCAGCCGAGAAGGAGGGCCUCGCGGCACUGGAAAUUGUACGCAGUAUCAAUCGAAUAGUGAAAAGAAAUGGUUUGAAUGUUCAUCCGGAAACAAUAUCCUGUCUUAAAUGUUUACCGAUAAUUGGAACCGACAUAGAUUCGGAAGCUGCCAGAGAGAAAAAACUUAAAACGUUAGAAACCCACAAAUCUCGCAUUAUUAAUCUGUCCAAAAAGGAACGCAAACGGAAGAAAAAAUUAAUGCAAUUGGAAAAUGAACUAUUCGAAACAAGGGCGGAUGAGAACAACAUGCUUCUAACAAAGAAAAAAUCCGAUCUCGUCAAGUUGGUGUUUACCAUACUGUUUCGAGUUCUUAAAGUUACGCCGGUUUCAAAACUAUUAAGCGCUGCUUUAGAAACCCUUUCAAGGUUUGCUCACGCCAUCAACAUCGAUUUUUUUUCUGAUUUGGUUGAAAUUUUGAACAGUCUAUUGAAUAGCAAAAAACUAGGGUAUAGAGAGGAACUGCAUUGUAUUCAGGCAGUUUUUGCAAUUUUAAAAGGACAAGGCGAAAUUAUGAACAUCGAUCCGGUUCGGUUCUAUUCACAUCUCUACAAAAAUCUGCUGACAAUACAUGCUGGAAACAAUCAGGAGGACUUCCCAGCUAUUCUUUCGACAUUAGACAGCGUUCUCUUGAAUAGGCGAAAGGAUAUUACGUAUCAACGAUACUUAGCGUUUCUCAAACGUAUUGCUAUGCUGACGUUGCAACUACUGCACUUUGGAUCGCUUGGAUGCUUAGGUGUUAUAAAAUCAGCAAUGGCACUUAAUGGCACACUUGAUGUUAUAUUAGAUACCGAAACAAUUACAGGUUCAGGAAAUUAUAAUCCUGAACUGGAUGAACCGGAUUACAGUUGCGCUAAUUGUAGUAACUUGUACGAGUUAUCGGCUCUCCACAGACACUAUCAUCCAUGCGUUCGACGUUUGUCUACCAACAUUGCCAAUGGUACACCAAGCACUGGGCCUGGAUCUCUACCCGUGGAUCUAGCGAAAAUGUCCGCUAUUGAAUUAUACAAUAACUUUGACAGUUCCAAAAUGGUGUUCAGCCCAUCUAUACCGUGUCCGAAUAUUUCUGUGUAAUAAUUAUAAUUUUGUUUAUUUGAAGAACCAUAAAGUAAAAUAAAGAUCAAUCAUGUAUGUUUUUGACACAGUGAA